CAGGACUCGGAGCUCGCCAAGGGCGCUGCCCAGGAGAUCAGGGCCGAGGUCUCCGAGGAGCUGCUUUCCUUGCGGAGUAGCACCAAGCACAAGGACGCGGCAGUACCUAUGCUCGUCAAGUUAGGCCUGAUAAAGGGUGCCGCCGCGCCCACCGUCGACCUGCUGGAGGGCGGCAGCCCGGGCCCCGCGGGUGCGCUGGAGGCGGACCUGCUCGAGGGCUGGGACGACGGGCCCGCGGGCGGCGGCGACCUGCUCGGCGCGGCGAGCUCGAGUUCACCUGCGACGCUGGCGCCCGCGACGGCCUUGGACCCGCUGGCGCACGCCGACAGCAAGUCGCCCUCUUCCUUAGGUGCGCUCGACGGUCUCUCCUUCGCCACCGCGCCGGCGCCGGCUGCUGGCGCCCCCGCCGUGGCUGCGGCCAGCAGCGCCGCGGCAGGCACCCUGGGAGCUGGCGCCGUGCUGCCCCAGGACAAGAGUGAUGCCGACCCCUUCGGCUUCGUUGGAGGCGAAAUGUCCAAGGCCAGCACCAGGUGACGCCGGCGCGGCGGGCGGUCGUGAUGCCGAGCUCCCGGCGGCAGUCCCCUCCGGACGAGGUUCUUUUCCGAAACAGUCGCGUUGCCCAGAAGGAGAGCUCAUGCGGCACGGUGAGACAAGAUGGUGGAGUGGCGCGAUCGUGCUGGGCGCCAGGCGCAUGUAGAGGUAGGGCCCGUCUUCGCUGUCAGCGCGUAGUCCGGCGACGUCAAGAUCGUAGGAUUUUGUUGCUGGCCUUCAAGACCAGGCGAGUUCCUCCUUCCUAGACCGCUGAGUGCAGGGGGCA